GUGGCUAUGGGACACUUGAGGAACUCCUUGAGGUGAUAACAUGGGCUCAACUUGGCAUUCACGAUAAACCGGUGGGGUUGCUGAAUGUUGAUGGAUACUACAACACCUUUUUGUCUUUCAUUGACAAAGCGGUUGAGGAAGGGUUCAUCAGCCCCAAUGCACGGCAUAUAAUUGUGUCAGCCCCAACACCAAAAGAGCUUGUAAAAGAAAUGGAGGAAUAUUUUCCACAACAUGAAAGAGUUGUGUCCAAGCUAAGCUGGGAAAGUGAACAACAACAACAACUACAUUAGUGAUUAGUCCUCACAUUGUGAAAUCCAAUGAUGAUGAUGGAAGUUUGCUUAAAGGGUAGUUGUUAGUUAGGAUUUCAAAGUCAGAGACUAUUUCCCGGAGCCGGAUUCUUUGUGCUCUUAUGUUAGUGUAAACAUUUGACUGCAAUUUAGCUAUUAAGGUUAACUAUUGUUCUAUUUUCUUUCUUUUGUUUUGUUAAGAUUCAAUCCGUUUAUCAAAAUUCAAAAACAGAGAAACUGGGCAGAGGUUAGAGAACUUGGGUGGGAUGAGGAUAGUAAGAUUUCUGUUUUUUUCUUUCUACAUUUCUAAGUUGUUAAUUGUACCAAAGACCAAGCCAAAGAGUUCAUCAUGAGGUAGCUAACAAUGAGAUGAAAACAAACCGAGCAAUGAAUUUAUGGUAUGUUUCAAUUUGAUGAUAAAAUAAUCGAUUAAGAAGACUUGUUGCUAACUUUA